AUGAAGCUCUUUGAUCUGAUUUGCCUAUUUGCUUGCCUGAUUCUAGGCGAAGCUGCCGGUAUCACUCAGCAUGGUAAUGGCACACUGAACGCUUGCGAAGACUGCCAGUCUACCUUGUCAUACCUGCAAACCAUCGCCUUUAUAGGAGACGAAGCCUUUGUGAAAAUGCUCCAGCAAACGUGCGGGGGAUCAUUGAACAAUGAUGGGGAUUUUUGUCUGGGUGUCAUUACCUUACAAGGGCCUGUUCUCGCAGAUACUCUGCGGAAAAUCGAGCCAAGCUCAAGGGCGGCGGUCCUCCUCUGCAACGCUCUCAUGGGGGCCUGCGAGUAUCCUCACGUAAUGCCAUAUAAUUUGAGCUUCCCCCCCAACGGUCAAUGCCAUGUACCUCUCGCUUCAAAAGUGUCCCCAAUGGUGGAGGUGGCCUCGAUGAUGGAGAAACCCGUACCACUACGGAUUGCCCAUUUUUCAGACAUCCAUGUUGACCUGCUUUAUGCCACCGGAUCAAAUGCGAAUUGUUCAAAGCCAAUGUGUUGCAGAAACUACACCCUUGCUGAUGAGCCCGGCCAUAAUGAUGCACCAGCUGGUCCUUUUGGUGAGCACAACUGCGGUUCCCCGCCCAGUCUUGAAGAGAGCAUGUAUCAAGCUAUUCAGGAACUCUCGCCUGACUUCUCUAUCUUCACGGGCGAUAUUGUGGACCAUGCCAUCUGGAAUACAUCCAUAGGUCGUAAUGAAAUGGAAAUCCGGAGCACAUACAGCGCGAUGAAUAAAGCCGGCAUGGGGAGAGUCUACAGUACGCUCGGCAACCACGAAAUGUCGCCGGCCAAUGCGCUCCCCCCAUUGCGAUUGGGUAAAAGCCUCGAGUGGCUAUUCAAUCUCGUAUUGGAAGCAUGGCCGCGCCUGGAGGGGACGACUUCUGACAUCAAGACCUAUGGGAGAUACUCGGUCAAGCAUCCUAUGUCCAACUUGCGCAUCAUCUCCAUCAAUACGAAUCUUUAUUAUACUAUGAACUUUUGGAUGUAUCAAGUGAUGGAUGGCCCUGAUCCGGACAAUCAGUUGCAAUGGCUCAUCGAGGAGUUGGAUUCGGCGGAAAGAAACGGAGAUCGUGUCUACAUAAUCGGCCAUAUGCCCAUGGGCAGCUCGGAUGCUUUCCAUGAUGCGUCCAACUAUUUUGACCAGGUCAUCAAUCGUUACCAAUCAACCAUCGCUGCAAUGUUCUUUGGACACACCCAUUUGGAUCAAUUUGAGAUUAGUUAUUCAGACUACCAAGCGCAGACGGCAGAAAAUGCUGUAUCAAUUUCUUACAUUGCGCCAUCAAUGUCGCCCCUCUCUGGUAUGCCAGCGUUCCGGAUAUACACUGUCGACCCGAUCACGUUCGGUAUUCUGGAUGCCGAAACGUACAGUGCUGAUAUGGAUCAAGAGGGAUUCAAUAUUAGGCCGGUCUGGACCAGAAGCUUUUCGGCCCGGGAAGAGUAUGGAUCCUUUGUAAAUCCGCCUCUAGACCACUCCCCAAAGUCUGAACUGACCCCUGCGUUCUGGCAUAAUGUUACCACCUUGCUGGAGUCGAACGCAACUGCGUUUGAUGCCUACUGGGCACGUCGUACUCGCAGGUGGAACGUGCAAUCUUGUGACUCAGACUGUCGAAAACAGGAAAUAUGUCAGCUUCGAGCGGCAAGAAGUCAAGAUAAUUGUCACCAGGUCAUGCCGACCAACUUCUUUGGCACCCAACGUAAAUCAAGAAGUACUAGCAAUAGCCAGCGGAAUGGCCGUGAGCUUCUGGCUUGA